GUACAAUUCGGACUUUGAUGCGGUGCUAUUCGAAAGUAAAAGCAAGCAGAAGAGAACAUAAAUUAUUCGCAAACUUAACUAGUUCGUGAAUGCUGUGAAGCUUUUCUUCCGUGCUUUAAAACAUGUGUAAUAUAGAUGUGAGCGCAUUUCCACGCGACUUUGCGUGGGGAGCUGCGACAGCUGCUUAUCAGAUUGAAGGUGGUUGGAAUAUGGAAGGUAAAGGGGCGAGCAUAUGGGACACGUUCUGUCAUGCUAAAGGAAAAGUGUUUGAAGACCAGACUGGAGAUGUAGCCUGCAACAGCUAUCAGCUCUUGGAAGAGGACCUGAAAUGUAUCCAACGGCUUGGACUUUCCCAUCAUCGCCUGUCCAUGUCCUGGUCACGGCUUCUUCCUGACGGAACCACAAAUCACGUGAAUCUGAAAGGUGUGGAAUAUUACAACAAAGUGAUCGAUGACUUGAUUGCUUGUAAUGUAACCCCCAUGGUCACGCUGUACCACUUCGACUUACCUCAGGCCCUACAGGACUAUGGUGGAUGGAAAUCGACAGAGAUCGCAGACAUCUUUGAAAGUUAUGCCAAGUUUUGCUUUCAGACUUUCGGUGACAGAGUGAAUCUUUGGACCACUUUGAAUGAGCCCUAUAUUUGUGCCAAGCUAGGCCAUGAGGAUGGCAUCUUUGCUCCUGGGAUCAAAGAGCCAGGAACGUCUACCUACUUGGCUGGCCAUAACAUGCUGCGUGCCCACACCAAGGCCUGGCAUUGCUAUAACUCGCAUUUCAGACAUUUACAAGGAGGGAAAGUAUCCCUCAACCUAAACACCGAUUGGGCAGAACCGUUGGACCCUGGCUGUCUUCAAGAUGUCGCAGCCACGGAGCGAUACAUGGCAUUCUCUUUGGGAUGGUUUGCUUGUCCUGUGUUUUGCACAGGGGAUUACCCAGAAUCUAUGAGGGCCAGGAUUGAAGCGGGGAGCUUGGAAUUUGGAUACGGCCCACGGCUACCUCGCUUCUCUAAAGAUGAGCCGUCCCCUCUGGGCACAGCGGAUUUCUUCGCACUGAACUACUACACAAGUCGAAAAGUGAAAGAUCUGAAGGGUGCUUGUAAGAGCGGCGAGCUCAGUUUUAUUAGAGACCAAGGUGCAGAAGCGGUUAUAGAUCCCUCGUGGCCCAUAAGUGGGGUCUAUUGGUUGGCUGUUGUGCCUGAUGGAUUGCGAAAGCUGUUAAAACAUAUAAAUGACACUUACACCAGUCUGCCCAUCUAUAUCACAGAAAAUGGCUUUUCGCAGAUAGGGCCGGUUCAAAUGGAAGAUGAUGACCGGUGCAAUUUCUAUCAGAAGACACUGCAAGAAGUAGGAAAAGCUAUCAGUCAAGAUGGAGUGAAUGUAAAGGGAUAUUUUGCCUGGUCUCUACUGGAUAACUUUGAGUGGGCAGAUGGCUUCAGUGUGCGCUUUGGUCUGUUUCACGUGGAUUUCUCCACACCUGAACUGAAGCGCACAAUAUACCGCUCUGGUAGAGAGUAUGCUGCUGUGAUAUCCAAACAUCGCACCCAGACCAUAUCCCAGUCAUGGACCAAAUAAUAAUAAUGGUUUUAUCACCUGUCGAUGUUGUCAUUGUUAGACAAUCGUAUUGAUGUGAAAGCCAAAUCACUGCAUUCUUAAAUAUUCAGUCAUUUACUUCAGUGUUUUUUUCAUAAGGAUGUUUCAUUAUGAUUUGUAGUUGUAUUGUAAAAAGGAGAAACGUUUAAGGAUAUAAAUUCAGAUUUUG